ACCGGUCAUCAAAUGCACAUUCAGCUCAAUUGGUGAGAAAUCUGUGGUUGGGGGCAGCAAUUUCCAGAUAUUGUCUGCCUGACUAAUGAGUGGGUCAGACCCUGUUGAUGAUAGAGCUGACAAUAGGAGACUGACACGUGCAGAGGCACUGAGGGUACCCCACGUGUUCCAGGCCGUACAACCGGGAGAAGAAAGACGGCUUAUAGCCGAACGUAGAGCCCGUGCACUAGCAGCAGCUAGGGCCACAGUAAACGCCGCAGCUAGGGAACAGGCUGCCACAGCAGCCGAGGGAUUUGAGAUGUCUUCUGCAGCAGCAACAUCCUCGGUUGCGUCUUCAUCUGCGACCAAUGGGACUAUGUUGGGAAUGCCAACAAGUUCCACGGGCACUUCUAGUUUAAUGGGUUCUCGACAGUCUACUAGUCAAAUGGCGGGCUCGCAGUUCAGCCCGUUGACCCCACGUGAAAGGGAGCUCAGAGAGAUCCAACAGGUCGAGAGGCUCUGCCAGAAGUUAGAGGAGGACCUGAAAAAGGCAACCGAAAGGGAAAGAGAGAUAAAAAGUAGAGCAGCCAGGCUUGAAGCGUUAGAGACUGACAAGGCUGAGUUAGAGGGAUUAGAUGAAUCAGGUUUGUCUGAACCCUUGAAAGUGUUGAAGAACAACAUGUUGUCGCUGCAUGCGCACGUGGACAGCAGGUUGGACUUCAUGCAGAGCACUUUGGACCAGAUCCUGGACAUUUUGAGAAGGCCAGGAUUUAGGCCACCAGCGCAAUCGCCGUUGCCGUUAUCGGCGAUGUCAGGCCCCUUUCCAGUUCAAGCUGGUACACAACCUAGUGGUGAGGGAAAGGGCGAAGCUCUCAACACUUGGUUGAGAACAGUCCCGGUUUGGGUGAAGGCGAAGAGGACCUUGCUAGAGGACGAAGUGGUAACUGCGGCAUCUUACCUUGAGGGUAAGGCAACCAAAUGGUUAGAUGGUGUAGUUAUCAAGGCCGGGUAUGGGAGACGCAUGGCGGACUGGGCUAAGUCUCUAACGUUAGACCAAUUCAUGGAAAUGGUAGAAGCUCGAUGGCAUAACCCACAGGAGGCACAAAAGGCCACUGAUGCCAUAAACAAACUGGACCAACGAAAGUUCAAAUCAGUUAGAGAGCUUACGACUACCGUUGAGAGCCUGAUUCUCGUCCCAGGCAUUAACUACAGCGACCAGUUCCUAUUGACAACAUUUGUCAGAUGUCUCCCAGAGAACAUCAGGAACUUGCUGGCCAGUGAGGCACGCGUCAAGUAUCACUCGUUUGAGACAUUGUCUAGGAAAGCCUUAGAUUUGGAGGCCACGCUAGGCAAUGCUCAACCUACCUCUCAGAAUGACUCGAAGAAGAAGAAGAGUCCCCAGGAGUGGAAGAAGAAGGGGGCGAAGUUGAUGAUGGUUGAGUCCGAUGGGACUCAAAUUGAGAUCGACAAACUCUCUGACCUGGUGGACUAUUCAGAGUAUGACGGCGAGGAGGUAGCUGAGGGUAGCACCCUCGCCGCAGUAGUAAAGGCUAAGGCCGGACAGAGUGUUUCCAUGGAUUUCAUGGACACCCUGGUGACUAGUAAGAGUGGCAAGAGGCACAUCUUCGUCAUCAUCGAUCGAUUUACCAAGUACGCUAGACUAGUGGCUAUGCCAGAGACCGCAAGAACUGACUAUGUCAUCAAGUUGUUCGAAGACAACUGGUCUUUUGCGGACGAGUUUGGCGUCUUCCCCAUUGAUUGGCGUGACCUGGCCAUUCCGCGACGGGGAGGGUUCAUCCUGGAGAGCUUCAACUCUGAUGAGGUAAUUGAUAUGGCUCCUUGGCACCGAGCUUGGGAAGUCGGAAAGCUUGCGCGGAGGAUAAGCGACUGCAUCGAGCGUGCAAGUUUGAAGAAUCGCCUAAAGAAGGGGGUCAGACUGGAGAUUGACGGCGACGACGACUUGGCGUAUGAGCUACCCUGGCAAGAGUAUGGAUCUUUUGGUGUAUAUGAGAAUGGGACACAUAUGCAGCAUCAUGAUAAGCCCUUCCACAGUCCAAGGUAUAGAGCCGCCCCUGAUGUAAUUGUCGCAAAGGAUGCGCCAGCGGCCUCCCCGUCACCCAUGGCCAUACAUGGCAGUCCAAGACAAAAGCCCUCCCCAAGGGCUAUGUCGAGCAGUCCUAGAUGGAAAUCUUCUACCCGUCCAACAUGGAGGAGACACGAACGAAGCUCAACAGGGUACACACCCCGGUCACACAGGUCUCAUCAUCUGCAGACGCCUCGUCAACCGCAACUGUCUCGUCAGGCCCAAAGUCCUCAUCAUGUACAGACGCCUGAAUCACGAACUCUUCAUCAGCCGCAGACAUCCCAUCAAACACAGAUGCUACAUCAACGGCCAACACCUCGUUAUCCACAGAGCUCUGGUGAACCACAGACCUCUCCUCCACCUUCAGCAUGGCAACAAACACCGCCACCAUCUGCAAUUGUGUCUGCGAGUGGGCCAUUAGACCGUCCAUUGGAGCCCACAACGCCAAUGUUCAUCCGAACAAUCCGUGAUUUUGGGAAAAAACAUGGCCUCCCUUCUAUACUGGGGUUGCCAGGGAGAACUGAUGAUCGGAAUGAUGCCAACCCAAGGAAUGAUGCUCCACACGAUAACGAGCCUCGGGCAGAAGGGUGGACAAGUGUGAUGAGAUUCGGGGAGUCCUUGUGGGGUUCCCGGACAUGAGUACUAGGGUUGCUUGAGAGCUUUACUUGUAAGUUAGUUUCAUCUGCUGCACAAGGUAUGUAUCAUUGUGUGUGGUGAUCUGGGCAGAAGGGCGCACAAGUGUGAUGAGAUUCCAAGUCUCCUUGUGGGGCACUCUCGGAAGUGAGUAGGAUUACUUGUAAGUUCUUUUUGUCCUUACGUGGCACCCAGACUCGAACCGGAAACCUUACUUGGAAGCUUUAUCUGGUGCACAAGCUAUAUAUCAUUGGGUGUGGUUAUCUGGCCAGAAGGGCGCACAAGUGUGAUGAGAUUUGACGACUCCUUGUGGGGAACUAUUGGAAGUCAGUAGUAUGAUUGUUUGAGAGCUUACUUGUAAGUUUUAUCCGCUGCACGACGAGGUAUGCAUCAUUGUGUGUGGUUAUCUGGCUUCCCCUUUCUCAGCACUUGGGCUUUUUUGUUAUUUAGCAUACGGUCAUACCAACAUGGCCGGAGAUCAUCCUGUUCUGCUACCCUGCACUGAGUGGAUGAGGCAAAAGGGCGAUACUGGGCAGGUCGGCCUUGUUCUUGGACUUGGGGACUACUUGAGGUGUGAAGCCUCGUUUAAGGAGCUUGUAUGCUCUUCCAAUUACGGGACCAAAAACAGCCCAAUAUUGUUAUUUAUUGUCACCACCUCCAUGUAUCAGGAUUGGGUAAUUUACGUGCCUGCUGCCUUCCUUGGACUUGAGGUGUGAAGGCUACAUGAUGUGCAAGUUGAGUUUUUAGGAUUGUGCGUUAUCCUUUUUGAGGGUGCACCAUUGGGCAAAGAUGUAUCCUGUUGGCGGUUCUGGGUCCUCGUAAACAAUUAGCCUUGAUAUC